CAUGGCGGCGGCGGCGGGGCCGGCGGCGCCCCCACGUGUCUCCCGCCGCCGCCUCCUCUCGCGAGAGCGCCCGCCCCGCGCCCGCCCCCGCCGCGCUCUCGCGAGAGCCGCGCCGCCAUCUCAGCGCCCGGCGGCGGCGGUCACCGACCGGGACGAGCUCGGCGCCGCCGCUCCUCACGGCCCCGCCGCUCCUCACGGCCCCGCCAUGCUGUCCCGCCUCGUCCUGCGCGCCGCCCCCGCCGCGCUGAGGGCGCUGCCGCCGCCCGUGGCCGUGGGGGUGCUGCACACCACAAGACCACUGCACACAACUCAGCAGAGUUUGGCUCCUGUGCCACCUCUGCCUGAGAAGGGAGGAGAAGUUCGCCAUGGUUUGAUCCCUGAGGAGUUCUUCCAGUUUCUCUACCCUAAAACAGGAGUGACAGGGCCCUACAUGCUGGGCACUGGCCUCCUGCUGUACCUCCUUUCCAAGGAGAUCUACGUGGUUAACCACGAGACGGCAGCGGCUGCCUGCAUACUGACAGUCAUCGUUUAUGCCAUCAAGAAGUUUGGGCCUGACGUGGCAGCCUUUGCUGACAAACUCAACGAGGAGAAGAUGGCCACAGCUUUGGCCAUGAAGAACGAUGCCAUCCAGACGCUGCAGACGGCCAUCGAGGAGGAGAAGAAGGAGCAGUGGAGGGCGGAGGGCCGCAGUUACCUCUUCGACGCCAAGAGGAACAACAUUGCAAUGCUGCUGGAAACCAACUACCGGGAGCGCCUGCUGACGGUGUACAACGAGGUGAAGAAGAGGCUGGACUACCAGGUGGCCAUGCAGAACCUGAAGCGGCAGAAGGAGCAGGACCACAUGAUCCAGUGGGUGGAGAAGAGCGUUAUUCAGAGCAUCACACCUCAGCAGCAGAAGGAGAGCAUUGCCAAGUGCAUCCUGGACCUGAAGGCGCUGUCCAAGAGUGCCCACGCAGCUGUGUGAGCAGUCUGAGCCCCCUGACGUGUCCCAAUACCUCCUCCUGGAAACUGUAUGACUCUAAAAUAUCAUUAAACAGACAAAAAAA